AUGGGCCUUAAGCCGCUUUUUGACAACAACCGUCGCCCUAUUCUUUCUACCAUGCAUUUGCUAAGUAGCAGCAGGAAUAACAAACCGAUACAUUCGUACGAAUGGCCAGCCCGCCCACCUUCGCCUGCCCAUAAUGUGGACCACGACUAUGUCAGCGACCUCAAAGAGGACAACCAGGACGCGUCACACGCGGAGCAGUUGCUUGUGAACCACCUACGCUUUGCACAUGCUUUUCGCAAGAAUGAUGCCGCCAUGAUUCUUCAGUUCCUUGCCAAAGAUGUGACGCUUGUCUCUGUGGAUGGCGCGCGCCAUGAAGGGCAAUCAGCCGUACUCGCCUAUCUCGUCGGUGCGCGCAUGACCAAAAUCAGCUCCAACCUGCGCGUUAAGGGCUGCCCAACGCGCUCGGGCGCGUAUCAGUCGACGUUUAUCUACGAACACGGCCUUGUGUUCAAGGAUCCGCUGUACAUGGAGGUGCUGGAUUGGAAGCCUAACAGCGCGAGUAUUGUUCGAAUAGCGCACGUUGUUCUUCCCGGUGUUAAGAGUGGCAAGACUCCGCAGGACUUUGGCAGGUCGUCGCCGCUGCGACUUUCGUUUGGAACUAGGAUAUCAGGUGACAGCGACUCAAGUGAAUUUAGUGGAAUUUCGGAUAGCAGUGAACCAAGGGAGUCUGAAAACAACAAUGCCAGCACAGCGCAGCCAAGUAAGGUGCGUUGCCGACGCGUCAAGUCCAUUAGCUCAGCAGACAGAUGCAGCGCUACAGCAGUUACGGCUGCAAGUUUAAGACUUUCCAGCAGCAGUAGUAGCAGUCAUAGCGGAGCUAAUGACGCGGCUGUGGAGCCAAUAGUAGCAGCAGGUCCUGGGGUUCUUCCUGCUAGCAUAACAAAGUCGAUGCCUGUGAUAAAAGUGGCCGAGAUCUCCUGCACAGGUCUGACACCCAUUCGCAAGCGCAAGACAGUGAACCCGUUUGUGAUUUUGCGGUGCCCUGAAACAGGAGCGGUGUGGAAGAGCCCCGUGAUGCGUCGAGAUUCGAAUCCCAAGUGGAACCAAAUUCCAUUACACAUUCCUACGAACAAACUUGCUAAAGUGGUCGAGAUUUCGCUCUGGGACCAUACGUUCUUCCGUUCGGUCAAGGUUGCAGGAGCGGCACUUGUCGGCUCCGACAUCCUCAAGAACGAUGCCGAGUUUAGUACCAACAUCCAGCUGGAGAGAUAUGACGGGGCCCGUGCAGCUGGUGAACCUCAGUACGUGACGAUGCAGCUACGAUUCGUGCGCCCGUGUGGUAGUAUAGCAGUUUCCUCGGAUGAAGUGGAGCAGGGCCCCGCACAGUACGACAAUAGCGAGACGACGCAGUUGGUUGCACCACGCUCAACGUUAAGUGCCAGCUUGAAGUGGUUGCCGUUUGAUUCUUUUUCGGACGGCGGUUAUGCCAGCGUGUUGCUGAUGCUCGUCCGUGCUGCCAUAGUUGCGGCAAUCGUUUGGAAUGUGUUCAGUAUGACACCCAUGUGA